AUGUCCGAAACCACUUCGUCCCCCGAGUCCUCGCGCCUGCUGCGCGUCACGCUCGAAGGCGCAGUCAUGAGCGCCGUCUCCAACACCCUCGCCCAAGUGCUACGAGCGUACCGCGGCGGCGGCGGCGGGGCUUUCAUCGACCCGGUCGCGCUUGUGCACUUCAUCAUCAUCGCCGUCAUCACUACGCCGCCGAAUUACAAAUGGCAGUUGGCGCUCGAGAAGAAUUUCCCGACCACUCGCACAAGCAACGACAAGGUGGUAGACGCGAGGGGGAAGAGGGAGGACAGUGGUGGCGGUGAUGCGCAAGCAGUGAGCAAGAAGGAGACUCUUUCCGUCACCAAUACGGUCGCAAAAUUUGUUCUUGAUCAGACGAUUGGGGCGUCGUUGAACACGAUCUGGUUCAUCAUCAUGAUCAACUUGUUGCGGGGCGAGAGUCUGAGCUAUAUAAUAACAACCAUUCAAAAGGACUUUUUCCCCAUGCUCAUCGCAGGCUACAAGUUCUGGCCCAUCGUCACCCUCCUCAAUUUAGUGAUCGUGCCCGUGGAACACAGGAUGUUUGUUGGAGGGUUGGCAGGUUUGGCGUGGGGUGUUUAUGUUAGUCUCAUGAACAUCUGA